GAGAAGCGAUGCAAGGAAUUUCACACGAUUAUUUGUCGGUUUAUUUUAAGCAUAACAGAAUUUUGCUUCCAUACUUAUUUCGAAUUUUAAACAUUACAAAACAGUACUCUUUAAUUUCAAAUUACAGCAAUGAGUCGCAAUGCUUCGUCCGAUAGGGUUGCCAUCAGGUCCAAGGUAGCGGCCAAAUAUGACAAAACUGCCGAAACUGAAGUUUUGACCUGGUUUGAAAAAUUAAUAGACGUCAAGUUAGAACCUGGUACUCACAAACUGGAAAAACAAUUGAGGAAUGGACAACAUCUAGUACAAUUAGCUCAAAAAAUUCAAAGUGACACAUUAAACUGCCCUGAAAAAGCCAGAAAAAUGGUAUUGAAAUUCAACACAGACAAUAUGCCUUUCAAACAAAUGGAAAACAUACAAACAUUCCUUGCAUUUUGUGAGAAUUAUGGAGUUCCAAAAAUGGGAAUAUUUCACCCGAAAGAUUUGUAUGAAGGAAGAAAUCUGUCGCAGGUUUUAAGCUGCAUCCAACAACUGGGAAGCGAGUGCCAAAGAAAUGGAUUUUCGGGACCUUGCAUUGGACCAAAGCCACUGGAAAAAAACAUCAGAGAAUUCUCAGAAGAAAAGUUGAGAGCAGGAAACGCAAUCAUAGGAAUGCAGGCCGGAUCGCACAAGGGGGCCUCGCAAUCUGGCAUGCAUACAGGAGCCAGGCUGAUAGUUGACUCAAGAACUGAAGUGCAAAAAGAUAGUGCUGCUACUUCAUCUUCCACUAAAAGUACAAUCGAGAAUGGAGAUGCAGAUGAAAAAAAACCAAAACCAAUGAAAAAACCAAGCGCUACUGUGAAUAAAGAUAACCUGAAUGGUGAUGAGAAAGUGGAUGAAAACGGGAAAGUUGAUGAUACCAACGAUAAUAGAGAUAACGGUGACGAUGAUAAUGAAAGAAAAAAGACAGAAAUGGAACAAGAAAGUGAGAAUUCUGAAGAUGAAGAAAAUGAAGACAUGCAAAAAGAUAAAGAUGAAGAAAUUGAAAUUAAACAAACAAAAGAAUUUGUCUAUGAUGAAUCGAAACCAGCUGAUGAAAAAAUUAAAGAAAGAACAUGGAGGAAGAACAAAUGAAAAUCAAAUUGAUUUUUAAAAAACAAAAUUUUUUAUAUUUCUGUAAAUAAUCAAAUAAACUUUUGAAAAUAAACUAUGUACAUAUUAUUUGUAAAAACGGUGUGAUAUUUAAAAGCAAAUAGCUUGUUCAGUUCUUUAAUGGAAGGAUAUUACACCUAAACAUGUGAGAAAAAAUAAUAUGUUAUGUAAUGAUUUUAAACUUGAAAAAAAAAUUGUAUUAACCCUAA